CGCCGCCGCCUCCUCCAGCUCAGCUCCUUAGCUCUGUCAAGGAUUACUCAGAGCGGGGAACAGACGGCAUCCCGGUGCUCAGCCCUACGCAGUGUGUACAUCUCACCGAAGCUCUUACAAAACGAAAACAGGAAGACAACACUCAAAAACGAUGGGGGAAUGACAACAACUGCAGCCGCCUUCGUGUUAGGUUCUCCGGUGUCAACAAGACCCCAGGAUGCUGCUUCUCUCCAGUCCGCGGUGCGGACACCAUUGGCGGGCCUCGGUGCUGCUGCUCGGCGCUGUCCUGCUAAGUGUCGUCGUCUCUGCCAGCGCUAGCCUCCCAGCUCACAGUCGAUGCCCUUCCCGUUCAACGUGUACCCUACAAAACCGUCACCAAUGCCAGCUGGGCUCAUCUUCCUGUGGGCCUUGUUUCUCCUCGUUCCAGGAGGGUGAAGGUGGACUCUGUGUGAAGAGGUCCCAUCAAAGCGACAAAAUGACAACCUUCACUGACCUGGAUGAAGAAAUUGAUUUCCUUCACUCUGUCAUAGAAAAACAGCAAGUGUCACGAACAAAAUCAACACACACCGAACCAAAACAAUCUGCUUCCAUUUCCUUCCAAACUGAUUUUAAAGACACCAAGACAUUUGCUUCCAAACCGAGAUCACAGAACAGACUCUUAGGUGGGAUCCUGCUUAGCACCACUGCAGCUCCAAGUCCUGCCCCUAACACACCGACCUCCCAGUCCAGGAUCACAGAAGCUGAUGGCCGAGCUGGUCCUAUAGGUGUACCCACCCCAGACAAUGGCGACAUCAUUGUCCUUAUGGUCUCGUUGUGUGUUGUGGUGGGCUCUGCAGUUGUGAUCCUGGCUACUGUCUGUUACGUCAAGUUAAAGAGAGAAUCGCGUCUAGCUGAGAAGGUGGAUUUCAAAAAGCCAGCAGCUCCUGCAGCCACAGCCAAUAGUGCACCGAUGGGAGACAAGACUCUGGCUCAUAGUGCUCAGAUGUAUCACUUUCAACAUCAAAAGCAACAGAUGUGCUCUAUGAGAAAUCACAAACCUGAGCAAAAAGUGGUUGACAGCGAGGUCACAUCAGAUGAGGAAGAUGUGGGAGGAGGCUUUACGGUGUACGAGUGCCCCGGACUCGCCCCGACCGGUGAAAUGGAGGUGAAGAACCCUCUGUUCGAUGACUCAAACCUUGAUCAUCAGGGGAAUCUCAAGUGAAUGCAAAACGCUUUACAAAUGCAAACACACAUGUAAAUGUACACAGCAUUUCUCUGGAAGGAAGCUCUUACUUUACGUCUGCCUGCAUGGUAAAUGGAGAAAGAUAUUAUUAAAUGAUUGUUUCCGUGUCCAUAUCUGCCGCUUUAUGGCUUUUUAAUGCUUCAAACGUGUGACGGGUUUCCUGUUAACAUACUUCCUGUCCUUGUUUUAGAUCAACACUGUAUUUUAACUAUUAAUUUAAGUCUGUUGGUGUUUGUCUGGUUUAAAUGUUUGAUUUCUGGUUAAUUAUUCUCUUCUAUCCUUACUACAUUGUUGUGUUUUUUCGCAGCUAUUUCCAAAGAACAUCAUACAGGACCAGAUAAUCUAUGACCACUCUGACACAAACACCGUAGAUACUGUCUGUUAUUUUCUCAUGUGGCUCAGUAACACGCUUGAGAAAGUAUUUUUUAUUCCGUUGUGACAGUUACUAGAGAGCGGCUGCAAGAUCUUUUCAGUACCUCUGUAAAAACACGACAUAAGUUAGCAAUCUGUUAUAACGCUGGUGUUGCUAAUUUCUUUUCCAUGUAGGGUGCACAUGAAGAAUUUAGGAUUAUACAGAAUAAAUCUAUCAAAUGAAGUAUUAAACUGUGUGUUGCAUGGGUGGAAUGUAUUGUGUUUGAGUCGUGGCAAAGCUUUGAUGCAUAAAUCUGCAUCCUGUUGCUGCAGGAGAUUCAUGACGUAAAAAAAUGGGCACUUGAAUGAAAUUGAACUGAAGCUAUUACACCCCCAACCCAGCCCAUAUAUCCCAGACUAACCUUGUGCUGCAGAAUGUACAUACAAAGAGUGAUGCUGUUCACUUUUUAUAGUUAUUUGUACAUGCAGACUAAAGAUUGGGAUUAAAACUUUUUACCACACGUGAAA